AUGGCUCACCCAACCUCCGUCACGGCAUUAUCCGCGCCAGGAAAAGUCCUCCUCACCGGUGGCUAUCUGUGUCUCGAUCGCGGCUAUACAGGCACCGUCUUCGCCCUCAAUGCCCGCAUCCACGUUAUCGUCCAGCAAUUGCCAAGAGACCGCCGCGGGGUAUCAAGCUCUGGGACAGAACCACAAGAAGAAGAAGGGGAGGACACAAUCGUUGUGCGCUCGCCGCAGUUUCUUGACGCUGUCUGGGAAUAUGGCGUGCAGCGAUGUGCCAAUGGUGGGGGUGUCAAGGUGAUCCAGAAAGGAGAUGGAAAGCACAAUCCCUUCGUCGAAACCUCCCUCAGCUAUGCAUUGACUUAUAUCAGCUACGUCGCUGACUCUAAAGACUUCGGGUCUUUGUCUGUGACCAUCAUGGCUGAUAGCGACUAUUACUCCGAAACCGCUACCUCUAAAGGCCCGGCGGCGCAAGGACACAGCGGGCGCUUCGUUAAUUUCGGCGUGCCUUUGUUCGAAGCUCACAAGACGGGAUUGGGUUCUUCUGCUGCGCUGGUGACAGCUCUUGUCUCUGCGCUGGUCAUCCACCGCACCAUGCAACCCGAAGAUAUCGGCGCAGGUCGCGACAAGCUUCAUAAUCUCGCUCAGGCAGCCCAUUGCGCAGCCCAAGGCAAGGUCGGAUCUGGAUUCGAUGUUGCCAGCGCGGUCUAUGGAUCCUGUCUCUACCGACGAUUCUCGCCUUCGAUUCUGGAAUCCCUGGGCGAUGUCGGCUCUGCUGGUUUCGAAGAGCGAUUGUUCCCGAUCGUCGAGGACUCGGAUCCCGACCACCCGUGGGAUACUGAGUGCGUCGACUUCGGCAUGCAGCUUCCGCGUGGGAUGCAGCUGGUUCUGUGCGACGUGGACUGCGGCUCCCAGACGCCCUCGAUGGUCAAGAAGGUCCUUGAGUGGAGAAAAAAUAACCGCAAGGAGGCAGAUAACCUCUGGGCCAGCCUGCAGAAUAAUAAUGAGCGGUUGCGUCAGGAACUCAAGCGGCUCGCUCAACACCCCGAUGCUAAUCAAGGCGACUUUUCCGAUAUCCGUUCCCUUAUUCAGGGUACGCGCCAGUAUAUCCGCACGAUGACCCAGCAGACAGGCGUCCCCAUUGAACCGAGUGUUCAGACUGAGCUGCUAGACAGUGUUUCAGAGCUUGAGGGUGUUAUUGGGGGUGUCGUCCCUGGGGCUGGGGGCUAUGAUGCCAUCGCGCUGUUGAUCCAGGAUGAUCCCAUCGUGGUUUCGCGUCUGGAAGAACACCUUGCGAACUGGACGAGCGCGGCCGAGGAUGACUUUGGGGGUAAAAUCGGAAAGGUCCGACUCCUGGGCGUACGGCACGGAUCUGAGGGCGCAAAGAUCGAAAUGCUGGAUCAGUACAUCGACUGGCUCUAG